AUCGAGCCACUAUAUGACACAAUCGCCACGGAUAGCUAUCAUAGGCGCAGGCCUCGGAGGUCUCACGUCUGCCCAUGAGAUCCUCAAGCGUAUGCCCAAGGCUCGGGUGACACUCUACGAGGUGAGGAAUAGCCUCGGUGGGAUAUGGAACUACGAAGACAAUCCAAGACAACAAGACAUUAAGUUUGACAAGUAUGGUACACCACAUGCAGCAAUAUCAUUUAAUAACAUGGAUAAAUCGACAAAUACACUCUCAGCGAUUGAGGAAGUUCCGCCGUCACCCGUUUAUCCAACUCUCCGGACGAAUCUACCAGUCGACCUCAUGAGCUUCCGAAACGACUCUUGGGACGACAUACCCGAUGCGACGUUUCCAUCUCACAAUAAAGUUUUGGAAUACAUAGUUGAAUAUGCUCGGAGGCACCACCUGGAGGAGUUGGUCGCCUACAGGCAGCGAGUAACGCGGGUGCGACAUCGUCCUGGUGCUGCGAAGGGAAGUAAAGGUUGUAUGCCACCUCUCGAUUCGCGCUGGGAAAUUACAGUUGAUGAUCUUGACAAUGGUUCAAGUCAAACACACAGGGCCGACAUGAUAGUCAACGCUGCAGGACACUACGCAAAUCCUUACAUACCAUUCACAGAGGGCUUAUGGAGCUUUGAGGGAACGAUUUUUCAUUCUCGCUGGUGGCGUGGCCCUUUGUCAUUUCGAGGAAAGAAAGUCAUCGUCGUUGGCAGUCGUAGUUCAGGAUAUGAUGUCGCGCGAGAACUGGCCUGGCUAAAUCAUGCACCGCAAAAUGUACAGUCACCGUACGAACCAGCGGAAAAUGGUCGAGAACCAUACACAACAGUCUUGCAAUCAUCACGUAUGGGCCCACCAGCGUGGGAUGACGCCCCCGAAUGGUUCAAGAGUAUACGUCAAUUACCCGCUAUCGCUCGCGUUGGUACGAACUGGGUUGAGUUCACUGACGGUGCAGUGGAGACAUCCGUGGAUGCAAUUAUUUUCGCGACCGGAUACAAUUACAUGUUUCCAUUCAUGCAGUCUGGUGAUGCACCAUGGAGUUCUCAUCCCGUGUUAGAUGAUCGCCCUGAAGCGAGGGAAAUAACUGAUGUCAUACCAUCCGAAAAGAGACUCAAAGAGGACCUACCUGAAUGUGCACGAGGAUAUGCAGGUGUGAAGAACAUAUCGAUACAUCAACUUUUCUAUCUCCACGAUCCUUCGUUUGUUUUUAUAGGACUUCAGAAGAACAUUCGUCCAUUCAGUCUUUGGGAAGCCCAGGCGCAUGUAGUUGCACACUGUUUUGCGCUACCAUCCAGUGAAGCUCUUCCAUCACGAUUAUUAGAGCCUUUCCAUCGGGAUAGCAAGUCAGACAUUCGUAAAGCACAAGUAUGGCCAUUUCCCCUCGAGUUUGAUAUGACGGAUGAUAUGAUUGCAGCUAUAGGUGAGAAUACAAAUGAAGAAGAUGCAUACAAUGUCAAGUCUCCGCGCUGGGAGUGGUCGAAAACACCCAAAUGGGCUUACGAUAGGGGAUUCAACCUGCUUAAAGAAAAAAGAGCGUUACUAGGAUAUUAAAUAUUAUUUUUUGUAUAGAUUUGACGCAUUUAUUUUUU